AUGUUUCGUUUGUUUAUAUUAGUAGCAAUCGGCGUUGCAGCUCUGGCGUCUUCUCUGAUCACACCUGAGCUUGACAAUCAAUGGGAGGAAUUUAAAUUGACGUACAAGAAAACGUAUAGUCAUUCGGAACAUCAGAAGAGACGUAUAGUAUGGGAGAGUAACCUAAGAUACAUAAGAAAACACAACCGUGAUGCCGAUAAAGGACUUUACACAUAUAUUCUUGGCGAAAAUGAAUACUCUGAUAUGACAAACAAGGAGUUUGUAUCAGUAAUGAAUGGAUUCAGAAUGCAUAAUACACGACGAGAUGGUAACAGUUUUAUAGCACCAGAUGAUCUUACAGUUAACAGUCUACCACUUACUGUAGACUGGAGAACAAAGGGCUACGUGACUAAAGUUAAAAAUCAGAAAAGCUGUGGAUCAUGUUGGGCAUUUUCAGCAGUUGGAUCAGUAGAGGGCCAAUGGUUCAAGAAGACAAACACUUUAGUAUCACUCUCUGAACAGAACAUUCUUGAUUGUAUAGGUGAAGGUGGUAGUUGUCUUGGUGGAUGGAUCGAUGAUGCAUUUCAGUACAUCAAAAAUAACAGUGGAAUAGAUUCUGAAGAGUCUUAUCCAUACAGAGACCACAAAUGGUUUUGUAGAUUCAAUCGGGAUAAUUCACGCGCCACAAUAACUGGAUUUGUCGAUCUAACAGCACAAAGCGAGGAAGAAUUGCAAAUGGCUGUUGCUUCAGUUGGGCCAAUAUCCGUGGCAAUUGAUGCGACUGGAACGCAAUUCCAGCAUUACAAAAGUGGAAUAUACAACUAUAAAGAUUGCAGUUCGACGGAAUUAGAUCACGCAGUACUGACGGUUGGAUAUGGAGCCAGUGGGGGAGAAAACUACUGGACUAUUAAAAACAGCUGGGGAACAUCAUGGGGAAUGGAAGGAUAUUUCAAUAUGGUCAGAAACAAAAACAACACAUGUGGAAUUGCAACGCGGGCGAGUUUCCCUACUGUAUAAACAGUAUUAAAAUUGAAUAAACCUGUUAUUUUUAUAUGUAUAAUUGAUUUUUGUAUGUGAAUAAAAAUGAA